AUGUCCCUCCCUACCACCAUGAAGGCCCUCGUCGGCAACCAGACCAACGACGGCUCGCUCGUCAAGGAGGUGCCCGUGCCCAAGCUCAACGACGGCGACGUGCUGGUCAAGGUCGCCUAUGUGUCGCAGAACCCCACCGACUGGAAGCACGUCGCGACCCGUACCCCUCCCGACGGCAUCCUCGGCUGCGACUUCUCCGGCACCGUCGUCGCCGUGUCUGGCGGCGAGGAGAAGCACCGCGCGCACCUCAAGCCCGGCACGCGCGUCGCUGGCGUCGUCCACGGCGGCCUCUUCCCCGACAAGGGCGCCUUUGCCGAGUACGUCGUGACCCCUGCCGAUCUUGUCUGGGUUGUGCCCGACAGCUUCUCCCUCUCGGACGCGUCGACUUUCGGCAUCCCCUUCAACACGACGGUGCAGGCCCUCGUGCACUCGCAGAAGGCGCCUUGGCCUCCUGCCAAGCAGAACGAGUGGAUCUUCAUCUACGGCGGCUCCACCGGCGUCGGCUUCUUCGCGACCCAGAUCGCCAAGCUCCAGGGCUACAAGGUCGUGACCGUCGCCUCGCCGCGCAACCACGACCUUGUCAAGAGCUACGGCGCCGACGAGGUGUUCGACUACAAGGACGCCGACGCCGUCGUCGCCAACGUGCUCAAGGUGACUGGUGGCGGUGUCUCGCGCGCCCUCGACACCAUCUCCGAGGGCAACUCGCAGGAGAUCACCAUCAAGACGUUCGGCCCCAAGGGCGGCCAGCUCAACCUCUUGCUUCCUGCCGACCCCGUCGCGCAGUCCCUCCGCCCCGACGUCAACGUCGUCUUCCUCCUCGCCUACACCCUCUUCGGCCUCGAGUUCAACUUUGGCGAGCGCGACCAGACCUUCAUGCUGCCCGCCGUCAAGGAGGACCUCGAGUUCCACCGCGAGGCCGUCAGCAAGACUGCCGCGCUUGUUGAGAACUUUGGCCUCAAGGCGCCUCCCGUCACCAUCCGUGGCGGCCUCGAGGACAUCCCUGCUGGUUUCCAGGAGAUGCAGGAGGGCAAGGUCAGCGCCAAGCGUCUCGUGUACAAGGUUGCCGGCGGCAACUAAGCGAGCGAGGGCAGCGAGGGAGCGUGGACUGGUGUGCCGGUAGCUCUGUAGCAAUGUACAGACAAAUGACAUGUGAUGAUUACUUGUGUGUUGUGGUGUGGGCCCAGGUGUGUGUGGCGUGUGUCGCCUUGUGUGCCCCCCCGGUGCCGAGUUUCAAUCGUUUUGCAGUUUGCAGACUCUCACGCCCUCUGCUGAGCGAGCGAGCGAGCAGCCCCGAGGCUUACUUGACCUCCUCGCCCCCACCAGCCCCAGC